AUGGAGAAUCGAGGGUCGUAUAAUGGGAUUUGGUGGCCGCACUCCUGGUCCCUCUCACUUCUCCAACGACCGGCGCCAAUUCCAGCGACUUCUCCGGCCACACGCACAUCUCCUCCGCCCUCUUCGUCAUCUCCUACCUACACCCCCUCUCCGAUAAACAUCUAUCAGCUUUCCGGAGAUUAUCCAGCCACCACUGUCUCCUGGUGGCAGCGGAGAACAACAACAACUCCGCCACCAUGGCGGUGGCAGCGGCAAGGCAGAAAGGAUGAGAGAGAGAGUAGAGAGAGAUCGGCGACGGCGGUGGUGAUGGUUUUUCGUUUUGCUCCGACGAGUUCUGGUUCGUGUCCGGCGGCAACAACGAUGGUUGGUUAUGACUGGUUUCAGGUCUCGAGUCCGGUUCUCCAGCAAACCUCCGACAAAAACCCCGUUUCGGGUUGGUUUCAGGCGACAGUGGCGACUAAUGGUGACGGUGGUUCAGCGCAGUAACGACAGCGGGCCGCUGCCGGCGGCUCGGGUCAGGUUCUAUCGUGUUUCAGUCUUCGCUGAUGAUGAAGGUCGAUGAUGAUCGAUGAUGAUGAUAACAGAUGAUGACGAUGAUGAC